AUGUUGUUUUGGAAUAUGUGUCUCCUAACCCAAUCUGACUUGAAGCGUAUUUUUGAGCAAGUGGACGUGAAUGGGGACGGGUUCCUGAGCCUUGAGGAGCUCAAUCGCCUGCUUCAAAUGACAGGUAAUUCCCACUACACCAUACAAGAGUUGGAAUCGCUGGUGGAACAGAAGACCCUUGGUUUCACCGAGUUCUUGUUCUUUUACAAAUCCAUUUCGGAGCAGAAAAAUGGAGAAAGCAUAGGAGGUGGUGGUGGUGGUGGUGGUGACGCAGAGGAACUGGAGAACGACCUCGUGAAAACGUUCAAGGUGUUUGACUUGGAUGGAGAUGGGUUCAUCACCAGCCAAGAGCUGGAGUCUGUGCUCAAGAGGCUUGGCAUGUGGGACGAAACCAAUGGCAAGGAUUGCAGAUCCAUGAUUCGAUUCUAUGACACCAACUUGGAUGGUCGUCUUGAUUUCCAGGAAUUCAAGAACAUGAUGUUGCUUUCCAAAGCUUGA